ACGGGCUCUUGACGCCACUGCUGAAGCGUCGCACUGGCUCCACAAACCAAUCACACAACAUACCUCCCAUCGACAGCAGCGACGUAGCCUGACACUGUUCCCACAUGGAGCCACCCCAGACUUCGACAGCCUGUGAGGGCUCGACCCGGGUCCACGAAGCCAGCGGGUGUUUAUGAAAGGAAAUAGCUUCAGUACAGAGUCAGACGAUGGCGGCAGCCGCGUCGUUAGGCGGGGAGUAGUGAACGGAGAGACAGCGAGACGCGCGGUGAAGUUUCCCGAGUCUGCACAUUGCAGCAGCCUGUUGUAAUCUCCGCGAACGGCCAACUAGGCUUGGUAAGGCCACGUAUUUUAGAGCAGCCAAAUGUAGGGCCAUAGGUGAAACAGUGGGUUAUUGUCCUCAGCUGAGUCAUUUAUAUAAUGUGGAACCAGCAAUGACGGACUUGACGGAAAGUUGGUGGAAACGGCGCAAUAAGUCGAAAUAUUUGAAGAACAGUGGUUUGAAGUAACUCAUAAGACACUAAAAACGACUUACUGCUAUGUGUGAAGGAGCCAUGGAAGUGCCUGAACAAGAGCGGGACAUCUCUGACAUUGACCCCCAGGAGUGUGUCCAUCCAGAGGACGACAAUGGACUAAUGUUGGUGGUCCGCCACAGCCGUGUCCGCCCGCCCUUCAGCGUGGUCCUCAGCACGGUGCUCUACUGCGCAGAGUUCAUCACCGCCGCUGUCAUGUGCAGCAGGUACCAUAAGACUGAUGACAGCAUCUGGAUGGGCCUCACCCUCACCUUCAUGCUGGUCCCCGCUGUGCUCAUCCAACUAGCCCUCACCUUCAUCCACAGAGACCUGGGCCGGGACAGGCCACUAGUGCUCUUCCUGCACCUGCUGCUGCUCGGGCCUGUCAUUAGGUGUCUGGAGGCUCUGGUCAUGUAUUUCAGGGCCGGCAAGGAGGAGGAGCCAUAUGUCACAAUUUCUAGAAGGAUCAGUCUGAAGAAGGGCCAAGGGACGCCCAUGGAGUGGGAAAUUGGCCAGUCAGAACGCAACCUUGCUGCUCACAGAAACGCAUUUAAACGUGCUGCUGUUAUUCAGGCAUUUCUGGGCUCUACCCCUCAGCUGACCCUACAGUUGUAUGCCACCAUCCAGGAGAAAUAUAUCCUGCCUCUCAGAUUGGUUCUGAUGAUCAUUACCCUCAUUUCAAUCACAUACGGGGCUCUCGUAUGCAACAUCCUGGCCAUUCAGAUACGAUAUGACGACUAUAAGGUGCGGCUACGUCCAGCUGCCUACAUAUGCUUGAUUGUGUGGAGAGGCUUGGAGAUAGCCACUCGGGUCACUGCCCUGGUACUGUUUAGCACAGCCCUCACACACUGGGUUAUACUAGUGGGGAUGUUGAACAUUCUCUUUUUCUUUUUCCUGCCUUGGGUUGAGUUUUGGGCCAGAAAAGGCUCUCUGGCCGAGAACAUAGAGAAGAACUUUUCAAAGUUGGGCACCACUGUGGUGCUGUGUAUGUUUACCCUACUGUAUGCCUGCAUCAACAUUUUCUGCUGGUCUGCCGUGCAACUGGACCUCACUCACCGAGAGCUCAUUGAGAGGCAGCAGCGUUGGGCCCGUUUGGCCCUGUACUACAGCUGCCGUUUUCUGGAGAACUUCCUCCUCAUCACUCUCUGGUACUUCUUCAAGUCGGACUUCUAUGAAUAUGUGUGUGCCCCACUACUUGUGGUCCAACUGUUGAUCUUCUACAGUCUGGCCGUUCUCUUCAUGCUUUUGUUUUAUCAGUUUUUUCACCCAUGCAGACGCCUCUUUAAGUACAAUGUCCAUGACUGUUUGCACUGUGUCUGUUUCCGAAAAAGAGUGGCUUCACCCGGGAGUCGACGGGCAAAGGCUUCAUACUCUAAUGCUGCCACUAUGGUGCUGAUAGCAGAGGACCCAGUGGACAGCCACAACUCACAACCCCUGGACCCAACCAGUCUACUGGGAGAGCAGGAGACAGCUAUCCUUGAUGAUUCAGUGGAUGCUAUUUGAGUUUUAAACACUAGAAAAUAAAUGAACAGGGAUUUGGGAGUGCAGGUAUUUUUUUCUUAUGUGCACAUACCAAGUUAUUAUUAUUUCACACAAUAUUAUUGUAUGUUAUGGCAAUAGUUGCACACAUUAAAGGCCUGCACAGCCUCUGUACCAAAGAAUGUAGCGUGUAGAAAUAUGCAGCCAUGCACAAAGGCUGCCCUGAGCGGAGGUCCUGGUAGAUCAAGCAGGUGUACGGGAAUGGUGCCAAGUGUGGACAUCCCCUGUUUACAACUUCAGGACUUUCACGGAUGGAUGCCGUUUUGCACAUUUCAUUCACUUCACAACAAAAUUAUCAUCUUUAGGUCAAAAUGUUGAAAUUCUUAUAGGGCUAAAUUUGUAAAUGGGAUUUUGUGUUGCUCAUUCAAAUUAUUAAACUAAUAAGAGAUGGGAAAAAUUAUAUGUGCCUGAAAAUUAUUUAACAAUUACAUUGGUGCAACAUAACCCCAACUGGGCUGCUCUCACUAUGUGCUUUUAUAUUUUUGUUAGUGCCUUGACUACUACUGUACUACUUGAAACCCAAAUAAAGCCUUAUGUCCACCUGUAA